CUCAAUCCCUUGGUGGACACGCUAAGAAUAAAUCAAAGGCUUCAGGUUCUUCGCAUGAAACGAGCAGGUUACAUACCCAGUGAUAUUUACGUGAACUAUUCAAACAAUUUAAAUAUCUUUUUCUUUCCUUGGAAGGAAGGUUUUAGUUUGAUUUCCAGCAAAAUGAGUGAGACGCCUUCUACGAGCUUUUCCAUGAUUCACCCGACUUCUUCUGAAGGUCAAGAUUCUUUUCCUCGCCAUUUAAGAGUCACUCAUCCUGUCGUGGCCAAACGGAUCAGCUUUUACAAGAGUGGGGACCCCCAAUUCAGCGGAGUCAGGGUCGUGGUCAACCCUCGCUCUUUUAAGACCUUUGAUGCUUUGCUGGACAAUUUGUCCAGGAAGGUGCCCCUGCCUUUUGGGGUGCGGAACAUCAGCACCCCUCGAGGACGGCACAGCAUCACGAGGCUCGAGGACCUGGAGGAUGGCGAGUCGUACCUGUGCUCCCAUACUAAAAAGGUGCAGCCAGUGGACCUGGACAAGGCGCGCCGGCGUCCGCGGCCCUGGCUCAGUAGCCGGGCGCUCAGCAUACGUGAGCCCCGUGCUCCCGCUGCUGCUCCCGGCGUGCCCCGCGUGCCGCGGAGGCUCAUGGUCUUCAGAAAUGGCGACCCCAAGGUGCGGCGCGUGGUGCUUCUCAGCAGGAAAGUCACCCAGAGCUUUGAGGCCUUUCUGCGGCACUUGACGGUGGUCAUGCAGUACCCGGUGGCCAAACUGUACGCCACAGAUGGAAGGAAGGUUCCCAGUCUCCAGGCAGUCAUCCUGAGCUCCGGAGCAGUGGUGGCAGCAGGAAGGGAGCCAUUUAAACCAGGAAACUAUGACAUCCAAAAGUACUUGCUUCCAGCUAGAUUACCAGGAAUCUCUCAUCGUGUACACCGGAGGGGAAAUGCUAAAUCAGAAAGUAGAAAGAUGAGCACACAUAGACCCUUAACUCCAAGAUCCCAGAUUUAUUCUGUUUCUUCUGAUAAAAUACAUGAUUGCUACUCAGACUGUUCUUUUGCUCCUGGAAAUUACCUGAGCUUAGAAAAACAUGAAUCUCAGAAUUUAUCAAUAUAUCCUUCUGAAGAUAUUGAGAAAGCAGUUAUUUUUAAUCAAGAUGGUACUAUGACAGUUGAGAUGAAAGUUCGAUUCAAAAUAAAAGAAACGGAAACUGUAAAGUGGACAACCACCAUCAACAGAGCAGGUCUAUUAAAUAAUGAUGCAGAGAAUGACAUAAGCAGCUGUCUGAGAAGGACAGAUGAUGGAUCAUCUAGUUUAAAGCUUGCAGCAUGUUCAUUGCCUGAGGUUGUCACAGGCAGUAAUCAAGAGGGCAGUUUGGCAGAGAAAGUCAAAACUCAAAUGAUAGAUCAAGAUGCUGAAACGUGCAGUUCUGCUGGUUGGGAGAAUGCUGCUCUGGACACAGCUGUCAUUCAGGAAACUCAGGCUCAAGUGAAGCAUCAUUUUUAUAGGCCCCCUACACCUGGACCAAGGAGACUGAGAGAAAAGAAAUCUGUGAUAGGGAGCAUGACCUUAGUAUCUGAAACCGAAGUGCAAGAGAAGCAGUUUUCCUAUAGUGAAAAAAGGGAGGGUGGGGAAAACAAAUCAGAGUAUCACAUGUUCACACAUUCUUGUAGUAAAAUGUCAUCACUAUCUAACAAACCUGUUCUUGUUCAGGGCAAUAACAAUGAGCAGACAGAGUCACCUUUAGAAAGAGUAAAGGAGAGCAAACUCCUCAGGUCAAGUGCAGUAAGUGCUGGUGUGAUAGAAAUUACAAGUCAGAAGAUGUUAAAGAUGUCCCAUAGUAAUGGCUUGCCAUCGGCUAUAUCAGAGAACUCAAUUGUGGAGAAUGGUAUAGUUGACAGUGUAAUAUCAGACAAUAAGACUGAUAUAAAGAACUUUGUAACUUAUGAUAAUACAAAUGCUAGGUUCAGUCCUGUUCUAGCAGAGGCAAGUCAUUCUUCAAGUAACAACUCUGGAACUGACAAAAGUAUUUCUGAGGCUCCAGCUUCAGUAGAAUCCUCUGUUUUAACCACAGGGAUUGACAGACUAAUUAAUGAACUUGCACAGUGUGGUUUAACAGAACCUCUAGAGAAUGGAAAGCAGAUCUUGUCAUCUGUUGCCAGCAAAAAGAAGAAGAAAUCACAGCAGCAAAUGAUCUCCAUGUAUCAGGCAGGGGAGACAAUAACCAAAAGAAUCUCUAAGAAGAAUAAGAGAAUAAACACAGGAGGUACAAUGGCACAGGAAACCAUACUGCAAGAUUCAGACUGUUCUCUUAAAGGAAGGGUACUUCAUGAGGAAGACCUGCAUACAAUUGGUAUGGUAGUUGAAUCAAAUCAUUUUAGUACCAAAAGUAAUCUCAAUCCUAUGGUUUCCAAGAAUUUCCGUAGACAUAAAUUAAAUGAUACUCAGAAUUUUAAGGUUCAGGGACUUUUGGGCAAAAGAAAAUCCAGACCACUAAAGAAAAUUAGCUUAGGGGCUCCUAAAAAAAGAGAAAUUAGUCAAAGAGAUAAAGUAUUUCCCCAUUAUGGAUCUACAUACUACAAAAGCACAUCAGAAAAUCAAACUUUAUUUCAUAUACUUAACUACCCUGAGCAAAAGCCAAAAGCUUUUUCUGGACCACAAUCUCAAGCAGACAUGGUGUUUAGGAAUUUGAGAGGAAUGGCAAAAAUGAGCUUGGUUCCUAAAUUUAACGAUUCACAUAUAACUUUAAAAAGCCAGAAAAAACAAAAAGGGAAUAAAUUGAAAUUAAGCACUGUUGUAAGUAAACAAUACGCUAAAACCAGGGAGAAUUCCUUAGCUUCUUUGAAAACUGAUUUUUCUGCAGAUACGGCCCAUCAUUCAGAAAAUUAUGUACACAGAUGGUUACAGAACAUAAAUCCAUAUCCAAUUUUAGAACCUAGAAAGUUAGCUCCAAUACGCAAAAAUAAAAAGAGUAUGGCAAAUUAUGACAGUGGUUUUCUAGGAAAUGAUGUCCAUAGAAGUUCUGUAAAAGAAAAUAAUUUUGUCAUAAAAAGUAAGAAGCACAUAACUAAAAGUGCCAGUUUGACAGGAAAUAACCUAUUUAAAGGAGGUGGCGAAUUUUUUAAUGGUGAAGAAUUUGACAAAGAGCUCUAUGAGAACCAAGUUGGAUCUCUGAAUGAUGCUUACUUAGUUUCCUUGCAAGAGUACUGUACUGUGUCACAGUCAGCUACUAGUGAUCACAAUACUGAAAGUCAUAUAUCCUCUGAUAAUUCAGGACCAGAGAUGGGCCUUGUUUACCAUGAAAUAAACCUAGCUACAAAAGGGCAAAGUGUAGAGGCUGCCAUUCAAGUAGAUCCUGUGGAAGAGAAUAUUUCCAAAGACCUUUUACCAUUUUUGUUGCUUCAACAACUGCAAGCUUCAGUUUCCAGCAACCACAAGACUCAGAAUGGAGUUGUUCAAAUGCCAGAGUCACUUGUAGAUGUUCCCUUCUCUUCUGCAAUAUGUAAUUCAUCCACCAAUCUCCUUCUUGCUUGGCUCUUGGUGCUAAAUCUCAAGGGAAGUAUGAGUAACUUGUGUCAAGGUGGUGCUUGUAAAAUUACCAACAGUUCUUCUGAAACACUUUCAUUAUUGGAGGUGCUAAAGCAUGUUGCUAUUACCGAGAAAGCUGAUGACCUGAAGGCUGCUAUUGCCAGUUUAGUGGAGUCCACCACAAAUUGGAUUGAACCCAGUGAAAAAGAAUGUGAUAUAGCUCCAGUAAGUCUUUCUGCAACAGUCAGGAUUCAGAGAACUCCAGAUUGCAAUACAAAUGAAAGAAUACAGAAAAUCACUUUGGAUAGGGGCAACUCUGCCAAUGAGGCUUGCGGUUCGGAAAUUUGUGUUUCAGAGAUUUGUUCUCCAUGUGAGAUGUUCACUGUGAAUAAGACUUACUCAUCAGAAGAUUUAUGUAACCCCAGGAAUGCUUUUUCCCCUAAUAUUGAUUGUGUCAUAGAUAAGACCUCUAUGAAUAAGAGUUGUUUACUGGGAGAAGUCUGUUCAUUUACUGAAGCUGUGUCUUCCCAUGAGGAUUGUGCUCAGAAGGAGAAUCAUAGUUAUGAGGUGGCUUGCCCAACUGAUGAGACCCACAUUCCCAUGAGAGUCUCUGAUACCACUGACUUUUUAAAUUCCAGAGAAAACAAAUGUAUUGAUAACUUGGAAUUGACUGAGGAGUUCAAAAGCAUUGAUGAAACUCAGAAAGACUUAAAUGUUUUGGCAGAUCCUGAGUGUAAAAAUGACUUUAACACAUCAGUGUUACCACAAAAUGUCAAUGAUGUAAGCCCUGGUGAUAUUUUCCAAAGUAAAAGUGAUCUGGAAUUUGAUGUGAAACACUACUCUCUAGAGCAGUUUAAAAAUGAUCCAGUAAGAUUUCAGGAUAAAAAUACAUACUCAUCUAUUGAUAAAGAAGAAUCAAGGACUUCUGAAGAACCAGGGUCAAUAACCAACAGCAUUACAUCAAGUGAAGGAAACAACCUUUCAGAAUUGGAAUCUUUUGAAGAAUUAGAAAAUCAAGACAAUGAUACCUGUAAUACAGAGGUAAGUGCAGGUGAGCAAGUUACUGAAGGAUCAGUCACAAAAGAACUGGAGACUAUUAGAAAUUUGAAAUUGAUAGGCAGAUCUAGUAAGAAUGUUUUAGAUGAAGACAGAAAGAAUGGUAAAGUUUCUGAGACAAUCACUAGGCAGCAGGUGACACCACCAUCUUUAGUUUUUUGUUAUGAUUCUAAUCAAAAUACUGAAAAUGUGAUCAGUUCAGGGGAAAGUAAGGUGAGAGUUAAAAUGAUGGUGAAAAACAUGGAAAUAGCAAGUUGUUCAGAGUCUUCACAUGACUUCAAAAAAUGUUUGAAAAGUCCAGCGACAUCUGACUGGUCAGAUUAUAGACCAGACAGUGAGAGUGAGCAACCAUGUAAAACAUCCAGUGCUGACCACAGUGAUGGUGACGAUAUUGCCCAAGAGAAAGAAUAUAAUAAAGGAUUUGUUAAAAGGGCAAUAGAAAAGCUUUAUGGCAAAGGAGAGAUUGUUAAACCAUCUUUUUUCCCUGGAUCUAUACACAGAACUCAAGUUUGUCCUUGCAAUUCUGUGGGAUUUCAGUGUCCUAGAAAAGCAAGUUUUUUUGAUUCUGAAGAUCAGUCAUUUGGGUCUUAUGAACAGGUAUCUAGUAUGUCACCUAUGUUGCAAGAAUUCCAGGAGGAUAAACAAGGAAAAGGUGCUGUUAGUAGUGUGAGGGACAAUUACCAUAGAAGUGAAAUUGUAGAGCAUGGUAUAAAACAAAGUAAUCAUAAUAGGAUCCUUGGAGAUAAAGAGGAAGGAGAACUGAUUGACAAAGGCAAAUGGCUACUGAGAGAAAAUCAUUUGCUAAGAGUGUCAUCUGAAAAUCCUGGCAUGUAUGCCCAUGCAGACACCACAUCCGUGGAUACCCUACUUGACAAUAACAGUAAUGAGGCACCAUAUUCACAUUUUGGGAAUUUGGCGCCAGGCCCAACUAUGGCUGAAUUAUCUUCUUCAGAACUGGAGGAGCUGACUCAACCCCUUGAGUUGAAAUGCAACUACUUUAACUUGCCUCAUGGUAGUGACUCUGAGCCUUUUUCUGAGGGUUUUCUAGAUGUUCAGAAUAAAACCUGUGCCAAGGAGAAAAUACCACAUCACCACACGGAGGGGAAGAAUAAUCAGUCAGAAAGAGUAUGCACAUCUGUCACUCAUGCCUUUACAUCUUCUGCAAACAAAAUCCACCCUGUCUCUGAUGGUACUAUUAAAACCCAACCAUUACCUGGCAGCAGUAUGACACAUGGUGCACUUCGAGAAGGUGACUCUCUGGAUAAACUCUAUGCUUUUUGUGGUCAACAUUGCCCAAUACUAACUGUUAUUACCCAACCUGUGAAUGAAGAAAACCGAGGAUUUGCUUAUCGCAAAGAUUCGGAUAUUGAAAAUGUCUUAGGUUUCCGUUUAUGGAUGAAGAUAUACCCACAUUUGCUACUGUCAGAUAAAAACAUGUACAGGGAUAAGAAUAAUAAAGCAAGUAAGAAAAAAGAAUAUACUGACCAUGCCAUUGGUGAUUCACUUGAUCAACUUUAUUUCAGUAAUGUGGUUGGCUUAACAGAUAAGAGAGAGAUACCCAAAAUAACUAAUUUCUUAGACUUAGAGAAAGAAAGUAUGUUAAAGAAACUUCAGUUAUAUUUAAAGCAAAGGCUUUGUGUGAAUUUAUUGUACAUACUUUUAUUUGUUGUGGGUGAUAUGAAUUCAAAUACAAAAAACCCUACCAGUUGGACAGGUGAUAUCUUUAAAACAGUUGGUGAGGCUAACGACUUAUUAAAUAACAGAUUCCAGAAUUUAAGAACAAAUCUCAAGCAUAUAGUAAGAGAAAACAUCACUUGUCAUUUCUUUUUUAAAAUACUUGGUCAAACUUGCCUAUUAGAUUUUUGCCAAGUUGGAAUAUCCUUACAUGUUUACAAAAGAAAUACGUUAGAAAUACAUUAUAUUUUUGAGAGUGAAAGUAUUAUUUGGGAAGAGGAAAACCAAUUACAUUUUACUGAUCUUGAAAGCAAUAAUGAGCAAGAUGACUUAUAAUUUCAGUAUUAGCAAGUCUUUCUCUGUUAAUAUAUUUUUUCAUAAUAAUGUGAAGCACUUGGGAUAGACAUAUUCAUUAGAUAACUUCCAAGAAUUUCCUGCUCUUUUAAAAUGAGCUUACCCUAGAAAGCAUACCACUGCAUAAACAAUUUGACAUUCGUCAUUCCUCUGUUCUUUUUUUUUAUAAUUUUUUUUUUGUCUUUUUUUAUCGGUACCGGGGAUCGAACUCACGACUGCCUGCUUUCAAGGCAGGCGCUUAUGCCACUGAGCUAAACCCCCAGCCCCAAUUCCUCUGUUCUUUAUUUUUCCAGUAAUUCCUCUUUAUUUGAAUUGAUCAUGAACUUAUGUUUUUUGUGUUUAUGAUUUUUUUUGCCCAGGGCAUCAAAAGUAUAUCUUGGAUAUCUUUUUAUUUUGUCAGCUUUGUGUAAAAUGUAUAUUGAACAUAAUGGUGAAUAAAUGGAAUAGAUAUAGCCUUAAAGUAUUGUAUUUAUAGUUUUAAGUACUGAUUUGAUAAAAUAGAUCAUUGUAAAAUGUGCCAAAUGUGUUAAGUUCCCUCAGGACACCUAUCUAAUUAAGUCACAAGUAUUUCCAUGGGGCAGGAGUUGCCAUUUUUCCAUGAGAAAGAUGCUUCACUACUGAGUUGCUUCUGCAGUACUUUUUUGAGAAGUUUUUGUUUUUUAAGUAUUAGUAAAAUUUCAGGAAAUCUGAAGACAUCAGGAACAAGUCAAAGAAUUUCUGUGAAGGAAAAAUUAAAGGACAUGGAAUAAUUUAAUCUGGAAAGGAAAAACUGGUGACUGUAAAAUUCUCUUGAAACUAAAGGAAUUGCUAUGAAGAAGUUGACAGAUUUCUUUGGAUCUUUAGUUGCUUUAAAACAAUACUUAAAUAUAAAUAAAAGCAUGUAAUUAUCUGAAAGCAUACAUUUGACUAAACUGUGACUCAUAAAUUAUUGCAUAAUUGUAUAUUGCUGGUGUUAACUAGGAAACAUUUUAAGAUACCUUCCAUUGCAUCACUAUAUGAUAGUGUAGAAAUCAGUCUUAUAAAACUUGGAAAUCUAGUCUAUUGUCUAGACUGACUCAAAGUAGAAUACUGUAUUUAAUGUUCUUGGAGCAGUACAUGAAGGGGCCAAAAUAACAUAACUUGAACAUUGAAGAAUUAAUGUAAUUAAAUACAUAACAAAUAACUUUGGUUCCUGUUAACUUGAUUUGAAGUCCUGUAUUACUCCCACUAUCUUGUUUUGACUGAUUAGACUCUGUUCCGCUCUGUUUGAUAGUAUCAAGUUUGAGGGUACAGACAACUACUUUGAAGGCAAUAAGAUUCACUAUGAUGCCCAUUCUGGUCUGACUAUUAUCUUCUUUUGAAGUCCUGUAAUGUUUACAAUGUUUAGGUUUUAUUGGUCUUGUUCUCUACUGUUCUGUUCAACUUCAUUAUACCUAAUGAUAUAGGCAAUUCUUUUUAAGGAAGCAAGUGGCAUUAUGGUAUUGGCAUUGUUAAUAACCUUGUACUCUGUUUUUACAUUAUGUACUAUGUCUAUCCUUGGUUUUGACUGACAGCUUUGUUUUGUCAUAUUUGGUUUUAUUUUCUUCCAAAAAAAGUAAUUAGAACUAUGAGAGUAAUAAAACCCAAAAUGUGUAAAUUUUGUUGUAAAAAAAAGAGAGGAAAAAAAAGGGAUACAACUGCAAGUGUGUUUAGGUGUUUUAGGAUAGAUGACCAUAUUACAGAGUUUAUGUUGGAUCAUUGAACACAACUGUUUGCAGUCUCACUGUUUGAAUGUUCACUUUGUAUGCUUUGAUCCUGUGACUCGAGCAACUAUUUCUAAGAUGACAAUGUGUAAUCUAUUAACUGGUGAUUUCUUACUGUUUUUUUUUUGUAGUCCUGUAUUACCUGUACCCUUACAUUGUUUUGUCUUGUUUUAUUUCGUUUUUUCUUUUAAAUAAAAUUUAAAAAAAGUUAA